UUCUAAUCAGAUUGAUGGUCGUCAGCGUCAACCUGGGAGGGUUGGGGAGUCUGAGCUGCCAGAUUGGCCGCGAGCAAGCUGAUCUCUUAAUGGACCGUUGAAUUGUUAAAUGACACAACGAUGGAUGUUGUGAUUUCUCUCCCGUGAUACAAGAUAGCUGAUCUGGAGCCGCAGCAGCUGCCUGCCUGUCGCUUUUAUGCAUAGCCUUUGCAGGGUCAAGAUGCAGUUUCGGACUGUGCUGGACGUGAAAGUCGUGGACGUGGAGAAGAGGCGCAAUCCGUCUAAACACUACGUAUAUCUCAUCAAUGUCACUUACUCUGACAACACCUCCCACAUCAUCUACAGAAGAUACAGCAAAUUCUUUGACCUACAGAUGCAGAUACUUGACAAGUUCCCAAUUGAGGGAGGGCAGAAAGAUCCAAAGAAGAGGAUCAUCCCAUUUCUCCCAGGCAAGAUCCUGUUCCGGAGGAGUCAUGUGCGAGAUGUGGCCAUGAAGCGGCUGCGUUUCAUCGACGACUACUGCAGGGCGCUGGUGAGACUACCCCCUCAGAUUUCUCAGAGUGAGGAGGUGCUGCGCUUCUUUGAGACAAAAGCUGAGGACAUCAGUCCCCCAGUGGAGGAUUAUGGCUCCAAGCGCAAGUCCGGGAUUGACAGCUCGGAGCCCAUGGUGCUGGAGCAGUAUGUGGCCGUGGCCAACUAUGAGAGGCAGGAGAAUUCGGAGAUCAGCCUCAAGGCCGGUGAGACAGUGGACGUGAUUGAGAAGAGCGAAAGUGGUUGGUGGUUUGUCAGCACAGCAGAGGAGCAGGGCUGGGUGCCAGCCACAUACCUGGACUCUCAGAAUGGAACUAGAGAUGAUUUGGAUAUUGGCACUUCCAGGACUGGGGAAGUUACUAAGAGACGCAAGGCGCAUCUGAAGAGGCUGGACCGCCGCUGGACCCUCGGGGGUAUAGUCAACCGUCAGCAGAGCAGAGAAGAGAAAUAUGUGACGAUACAGCCAUACACCAGUCAAGGGAAGGAUGAAGUCAGCUUUGAGAAAGGGGUCACCGUGGAGGUCAUCCAAAAGAACCUGGAGGGCUGGUGGUACAUUAGAUACUUAGGGAAAGAGGGCUGGGCCCCUGCCUCAUACUUGAAAAAGGUGAAAGAGGAUUUCUCCCCCCGCAAGAAGACCCUGACAGGCCCAGUGGAGAUCAUUGGCAACAUCAUGGAAAUCAGCAACCUCCUGCAAAAGAAGUCGGUCAGUGAGAAGGACAUUCAGACGGAUGGAGAGGGAAGCACCACACCCGAGCGCCACAUCUCCAAGAGUGAGAUCAGCCUGCCCAUGCCCUAUAGCUCUGAAAUAAAUGCGGAGACAGGCAGGAGGCUGAGUGCAGGCCGUGACACCAACAGUCCAUGUCUAGGAAUAGCAGCAAGUGCUGCUUUAAAUGAGAAUAAAGGGAGAGGUGAGCCAGGGUCCCCAGCUGUUGCGAGAGUGGCACCGCAUAGAGUGGAAAUUGGCUUCGAUUCUGUAGGGUCUCCAAAUCUGAGACAAAAACCCCCCCCAAGGAGAGACAUCAACUUGGGAUUCCAGUUACCUAAGCCACCAGAGCCCCCUGCCGUGGAAGCAGAGUAUUACACUAUAGCAGACUUCCAGUCCUCGAUCUCUGAUGGCAUCAGUUUCCGUGGAGGACAAAAGGCUGAUGUGAUAGAGAAGAACCCUGGAGGCUGGUGGUACGUGCAGAUUGGAGAGAUGGAGGGCUGGGCCCCAUGCUCCUAUAUUGACAAACGUAAGAAACCCAACCUCAGCCGACGAACCAGCACCCUGACCCGGCCCAAAGUCCCGCCGCCAGCUCCACCUGUCAAAAAACAAGACUCUGAGGAGGCCCCCCCUCCUGCAAACUCUGCCCCCAAAGUGUCAGAGCCACCUAACAGGCCUGUGUACGAGGAACCUGAAUAUGAUGUUCCUGCAAUUGGAUGUGAGGGUGAGUCCGACACAGAUUCUUUGAAGGAUGAGCGCUCCCUGGAUGUGAAGAUAAGCAACGUGGUCAGCGACAAGUACCGCAGCUCCCCUCCUUCUUGCAAGGCCUCCCCUCCUGUCUGUAAAGCGUCUCCUGUCUUCACUCAUCGAAGAACCUCCUUCAGGUCUGUAGAGGAGGUUGCUAAAGAAGAGUGUAUUUACGAAAACGAUGGCUUCAGGCCAAGUAUUGGCAUUGAAGGAACCUCAGCCAAAGGUUCCAGUGAGCCCAACUCCCCAAAGAGUUACCACUCAUCCACAGUCCCACGAAAACCCUCUGGAUCCUCACCCUUAGCCGGUAGGCCCAUGAAGACCAUGACGCCAGAGAUGAAUCGGAGGAGCCAGACCCUGGGCAGACACAUAGAUAUCAGCCUCAGGUCCCAGGACAACAGCCCCCUCUCUUCAUCAGAUGAAUUGAGCAGAGGCUCCAAGAAAGGCCCUGCCUUCACCCGGGAUGUGGAGCAGAGAAUAGGGCAAAGCCCCUCCACCAGGCCCAAGCCUUCUGUCAGACCUAAACCACUCCUUACCAAAUCAGAGCCCCAGAGCCCUGAGAGGAUGGACAUCAGUUCUUUAAGACGGCAGCUGAGGCCUACAAGUCAGUUUCGACAUGGCAUCAAACCUUCUCGUGGGGAUGACUCUGAAACAGCCUCUGUUAUCUCCUCAGAGGACUCAAUAUGUUCACGCAGCACCUCAGAUCUCUCCUCUGUUUACUCAAAAGGGAGCCGUGGUGACUCAGAUGUAGAAGGCCCCAGUCUCUACCGCUCCCUGGAUACCUACAAGAAGGUCCAGGACUCUGAGGUCAGCUUCCCAGCCGGGGUGGAGGUUGACGUUCUGGAGAAGCAGGGGAGUGGUUGGUGGUACAUCCGUUGGGGCUCAGAGGAGGGCUGGGCUCCCUCGUACUACUUGGAACCUGUCAGACAAGUGGGUGAUGCUGGUGGUUUAGACUCAGACGGACAUGGGAGUUGUGGGAGUAAGUCCAACAGCCUGGAGAAAAACGAGCAGCACGUUUUGGCCCUCAAUAAUAUGAAUAUUCAGAGUCUGACCCAGCAGCAUCAAGGCCUGAGAAGAAACACCCCACCAAUUCCAUCCAAGCCUCCCGGUGGCUUCUCGAAGCCGUCGGGGAUCGUUAAUGGAGGUGUACGGAUGAGGAAUGGGGUACGCCAGGUGACAGUGAGGCCUCAGUCUGUAUUUGUGACCACAACACAGCCAGCCAAGGAUGCACAGUACAUGACUGGAUCUCUGAGGCGAAAUGAAUCACUUGGUAGAAGCGAUCACUACGGUUCUGGUUCUGCCACUCUUGGUGUCCGCCGAAAUGCGUCCUUCAGCACUGUGCGUCCACAUGUAGUUGUUGAAAGUCAGACGAGGCCUGUUGAACGCUCCAGCCUGGGGUCUUCAGGGAGCGCAUUCAGCACAAGCAACAUCCAGGACGGCCUUAGCAGAGGUAACCAACGCAAUGGCAUCCCUGUGUCCACAGUUCGGCCAAAGCCCAUAGAGAAGAGCCAACUGAUCCACAAUAACCUUGGCAGAGAUGUGUAUGUAUCCAUUGCUGACUAUCGUGGUGAUGAGGAGACGAUGGGUUUCACUGAGGGCACCUGUCUGGAGGUAUUGGAGAGAAACCCCAAUGGAUGGUGGUACUGCCAGGUGCAGGACAGCCUGCUUCCCCGCAAGGGCUGGGUCCCCUCCAACUACCUAGAGCGGAAAAAGUAGAACCAACCCCACAUCCUUCCUUGACCCUUCAUUCCACCUCCCUCUUUUGAUUUCAUCAAGGACGUGGGUGGUAUCACUCCUCAAGAAUGUUACCCACAAUCUCUUGUAAGCAAUAUGUUCUUGAAAGUGUACAUUUAUGAAAAGACUGUGUGUAAAAAGAAAUAUGUUUUAAUCUGAUAAGGAAGGACACUUUUAGUGCUGGUUUACUAAAAUAUAUAAGAGGAGGAUUGUAAAGAUUUUAAAUAUUCUGGCUGGGAACGAGAGGCAGAAAUAUGGGAUUGGUCCCCCCUUGAGUGAGGAAAUUUGCAGAGGACAGUGUCUUUGAGAUUUAAAAUGGUAUGAAUGGGAGUGAUAACCUCUUAAAGAGGUUUGCGUCAUGUAAUACAGAAGUUGAGCAGGGUAAUGGCUAUGCUUAUUCCUGCCCAUCACUGACUAUGAUGGCCAAUAAGUGCCUUUUGUAUUUGAUCACCUGAAUGGAGAUCCUAAAUGGUGGAUGGCAAAACAUUAAAUCAACCAAAACUCUUAAGAGUGCCAUAGGCCUAUGAACAAGAGUAGUACCAAGAGUAUUUCCAUGACCAAUUAAGAGCUUUGUUAUAGAUUGCAGACACAGUGCAAAGCUACAGUCUAGAGUGCUCUAAUUGGUCCAAUACACACAUUAAAGGAAGGAAAACGAGAUUCAAGGAGCUCAAUUCUCCAGAGAAUUUAUUCAUUUUAAUCCACAAGUCAUCAAGCAAACUAAAACAUUUAAGUCUCAUUAUCAGUAUUUUUAUUUAGUUUCAUUGUUCAUGUUACAAUGUCUUAUGUUGAUGCAAUUCUUCCUUAGAGAAUUAUUUCUGCUUUCUUGUGACAUCUGUUUUCCACCAACAGCCUAGAAAUGGAAGUGUUAAAGCUCCUGUCUCAUGUUGUGUACCAUCUGAAACUGGCAGUAGGUGCUCCAGUUUGAUAGAUUGGCAUAGUUUUGUCAUAGAUCCUCAAGCCCCACAAAAAAUAUGUAGAUAUGCAUGUUUUUAAUCUCAGACUCUCUGGGAUAAUACGCGUAUAUAAAAAAAAAAACCUGUGAAACUUGAACAGUUGGAUAUUUUAGUUUCCUGGAAAAACAAAAGAAACACCUUAUAACCUGAGUGCUCUCCAGAACAAAACCACCUCAUAUCUGGGUAGUCAUAUACCCUCAAAAAAUGAAAUCAAUUAGUUUACAACAAUUUAGGUUUACUAUAGUGUUUUUAGCUCCAGGAACAAUUGAUUUUGUAUAUAUUUUGUUUUGUAUUCAUAUAACAAUACCACUGUUAUGGAGUUGUGUACUGGAAAUGUGGUGAAAUAAUUGAAUCCCAGGGACAUAUUUGCAUAGUAUUUAGCCCAAAAUGUGAUCAAACCAAAGAGAAAUAUCAUUUCAUUGGCUGUUUCUUUUUUAUUUUAGUAUUUAUUUAUAGUAAAGAUAUUAUAGUGUAUUCAUCAAAAUGCCUAAAACAAGGUUUCUGUACUGAACUGAAAAGUUUUCCUAUCAGUACCUGGAAGCACUUGAUACAGUUUCUCAAAUAUUGAUUCACUGAAACAAGUAAAUUGUAAUAUUAGAUAUUGCGGUGCAGUAUUGGUUUUGAUAUUAAAUAGACAGCAACAUAGUUUAUUAUCUUGUUUCAAAGUUUAGGUAUUUUUUCACAUCUUCAUUUGUUGGCUUUCAUAUCACAAAUAAUAAUAUAUUAAUAAAACUUAGCUGCCACCUAAAAAUAUCAAGUUAGAAAUAAUUCUCCCCUAAUGCUGAAUUUAAAUCUGAGAAUUUGAAAUUCUGAGCUAAAAUCUAACUUUCUAAAUUCAAAUGGCUGAUGUUCAAGACUGCUGAAAUACAUUUUCUAACGAACAGUGUAAGCUGUCAUUAUGAGGCUGAACACUAACUUUUGAUUAUGUUUCUGCUGGACAGUAUCAUAUUAUUAAACUAAGUACAGUACCUGCUAGAUCGCAGUUAUCUAUUUUAGCAAAAUCUUUUGUUUUUUUAUUUGUUAAUUUGUUAGUUUGUGAUCACACGGUGACAAUAAUGAGGAACGGAGUGGUUCUGUUUUGUGAAUUAGUGCACUUUAAAAUAGUUUUUAUGGUGCAUUAAUGUAAAGAUGCAGUAAAUACUCAGCAUAUUAUUUAUUGAGUAAGUUUUUGUAAUUAUUUAAUGUCUCUCUAUUCUUUUUCUCCUCACCUCAAAUGAGAGGAGGUAGUCUUUAAUGAGUUCUCUCCAUGACAGUGAACAUGGCAGUCUCUUUGAGUAGAAUUGGAGAAAUAGAGACCUCUUGUGGGAGGUCACUGGAACUACAACAUGAUUUUUAUCCCAUCCUCAAGCCCUAUUUAUCGGCCAUCCUACCUCAGUGCAAUAAGAAAUGCACUGCUGGUCAGUGAGAUUCCCCAAAAACUGUACAGAAACUUAAGGGUUUUUUUUUUUCUCUUUUUUUAAUCUCAGUGCAGCUAAAAGUAUUUUUGUAGUACGUGUUUUGUAUUGGGCAAUAAUUUAUUUUUUUGAAAAUUUAAAAAGUCUCCUUUUUUUCUCUAUGCUGUGUGCUGCAACUUUAGCAAAUCAUUGGGCACUUCCUUCAUCUUUAUUGUGCUUUACAUAAUGCCUGAUUUUAAGCAUAUUUAUUUCGAAUAAUUUUAUAUCUUAUCACGAUUUGACGUUAACCUCAUCACCCCUUCAAAAUUUUACUGUAUAGUUUUAUACAGAUAUUUUUUGUUAAGCAAAUUGGACCUCAGUCUCACUAAUAAUGUGCAAAAUGACGACUCGGCAGUCAAGAAAAAUUCAAAAACAUUUAGUCACAUAUGUGAGGUAUUUGCAUUCAUUUUGAUAUAUGAAAAUAAGGACCCAUAAAUAAUAAAAUAAAUAAUCAGGCCCCUGAUAUUGCUGUGAGGCAAAAAGCCCCCUUCCCAUCCAGACGAAGGCAUUAUGUAAAUGUGUUGAAUCACUUUUAACAUUUCACUCCAGCACAUAUUAUUAUUGCAUAUCGCUUUGUUUGAUCAAGCUGAAUUUACUUGCA